AUGCGCUCCAAUCCCGCCACGCCUGCGAAUCCCAGCGGGAGCAGAAAGCGGGGGCACUACAAUUCCGCCAACAAGUCCCGCCGGAAGGGCGACACGGCGUAUAGGUGCUCGCCGCACCUCAUCCCACCGAUUAUGAAGCUUCUCAGCGAUAGGCAGAGAGGCUUUGUCAGAAAGAUUGGGUUUGGAAGCCUGCUGUCCAUGGAAGAUUUUGAGAUGGACAGGGCCCUUACCCUGUGGCUGAUCGACAGGUUCAGCUGCGACACCGAGGCGCUCGAGUUCCAAGGCGGCGUGUCGGUUCCGGUGAGGCCGCUCGUGGAGUCCGUCCUCGGGAUCCCUGCGGGCCCCAUCCAGGUCGUGGCGGGCCUCCACGUCGGCGACGCUCUCCGCACUCGGUACCGCUGUCUUAAAGGGAAGAACGCCGAGAAACUGGCCGAGGAAAUGCGCGGCAUGACCGAGGAGGAACCCUUCUGUAUGGCCUUCAUGAUGGUGAUCCUUGCGAUUUAUCUAGCACCCAACACAACCAAGCUUGUCAACAGGUACUUGUUUGGGGCCGCUCAGCAGGUCGGCAGCCUCAGACAGAUGGACUGGUGCGGUUUCGUUGCUGACUAUCUCUUCAGAGGGAUCAGGAAGUUCAAGGAAUCGGAAGCACCCUUUGUUUUUGUAAAGGGCUGUGUGCACAUCCUGAACGUCAUUUACGUUGAUCUUGUGAAACACGCUGCAUUCGAAGUACCAAACGGCUUUCCACGCUUGGGCGUUGUCACUACAGAGCAUAACAAAUUGGUAGCUUCACAUCCCUUUGGUAGCUUGCUGGUGCGUCGUCUAGAAGAGUCUGUCUAUGCUCCCGUGCUCAAUAACAUGGGAAAUGGUAGCAUUGUUAAAGGCGGAACAUGUGCUGAUUCUGAUACAAAUACUGAUGCUCUGGCCAAUCAGUUUGCUAUCACUGUCACCCAUCAAAAUAACCCGCAACCGAUUGCAGCCUACCCUGGCACUGCCAGAACAACCCCUGAUAUAACGAGCUUGGCCAGUGUUGAACAUGUAGCGUUAGAGACAUCAGCUCGAUCUGCAGUGUAUUCAUUUAACACUCACAGAGUUGAGGGGUCCGUUUUCUUGGAAGAAUGCGUAGUUUUUCCAAGAAGCCGCGAGCAAUUGCAGUCUGCUGGGCCUUCUUCACCGUAUUCUGCACAAAUUGCGGAGAAGAUGCAGCUUGCGCCAGAAGCCACUUUGGGAAGGAACAGGGGUUCGCCGAAGGACGAUCGGACACCCGAGAGGGCGAGGGUGGAGCUGCCCAACAGUGGGCAAGUAAAGCGAGCCGGAGAAGGCACCAUAAGGAUGGACAUGAGUUUGCUUAGUUGUCGCGUCUGCUACCAUCCCGUCAAGCCCCCUGUCUUCCAGUGCAAUGUCGGGCAUUUAGCUUGCGGCACAUGCCUCGCGGAGCUCCCCGGCGAACAGUGCCCGAUCUGCGAGCACGGCGGUGGCUUUAGCCGCUGUCCAGUGAUGGACGACGUCGUCUUGUCGAGCAAGAUGAAGUGCUCCUACGACGGCUGCCAGAGCUACGUCCCCUAUCACGAGCUCGACGGCCACCAGAGAGUGUGCCCGCACGCGCCCUGCUUCUGCACGGAGCCCGGUUGCGGCUUCUGCGGCCCUCCAGUGGCGCUCCUUGGCCACCUCACUGCGGUGCACUCAGUGCCAGUGCAGAAGGUCCAGUACGGCAAUGUUCACCGGCUCCGGUUGUCGGAGGCACGGUGCCUGCUCCAUGCGGAAGAGGACGACAGUGUGUUCCUCCUGGCUGUGGGGGCCGUGGGCGCGCUCGACAUGGCCACCGUCGUGUCUGCGGUGUGCAUCUGUGCGGGAGCAUCACUAGAGCCGCGACACGCGGUCAAGCUCCGGGCGAAUGGUCCGCCGCCACCGAGCAGCGCAGCGGGCAGCAUUUUGUUGGACUUGAAGGCGGUGACGAACAGCAACAGGCCCGGCGAGGUGGCCGUGGAGGAGCUGCCGUCUUUCUUGAUGGUGCCGCCUACAUAUCUGGUUGGAUCUGAGGCGUCCGAGGUGUCCCUCGACGUUCGCAUUGACAGGGUGUGA